AUGCUGUUGUUUCAGGAGGUUUUGUUCAACUUCAACAAGAAAAAGAAGAAGAAGGGCUACGACCCCGACUGGGAGGCGGCUGCUCCUUCGAAGCGACUGCUGAACUUGCAUGUGUUUGGUACAGUACCUCUGGAAUGCUACUUCGGUGGCGGGCCAGCACUUGCCGCUAUCUGGGGCCUCUGCGGAGCUGGCUUCGGGUGCCUGCUCGAGCCCUGGCAGACCCCUGAUGGUGAGAUCAGCGGGCUCUACUGGGAGGAGGACGAUUAG